AUGCCUCACGUCAAGGAAGACAAUGACAGCCGUGCCUUAGCAUUACUCGGCAAGAAGCAAGUGCUCAAAAGACGAUUUGGGUUCUGGUCUCUCUUCGGUUUUGCCGUUUGCGAACUCAUCACCUGGGAAACAGUACUUGCUCUGUUCAGUCAAGGCUUCGACAAUGGCGGACCGGCAGGUCUCGUCUACGGCUUCAUCAUUGCCUGGUCCAGUACUCUGUCAGUGUACACGGUCAUCUCGGAGCUCGCGUCCAUGGCACCGAUUGCUGGGGGCCAGUACUACUGGGUGUACAUGCUCGCUCCACCACGCUGGAAGGUGUUUAGUAGCUAUAUCAUCGGCUGGCUGACCUCUCUUGCCUGGAUCGCCACCGUCGCAACGGAGACCAUCUUCGCGGGUACAAUGAUUCAGGGCGCCAUCAUUCUGGACAACGAGAACAGCUACGAGGCCAAACGCUGGCACGGCACGCUCUUGGCGUGGCUGGUUAUCGCGGUUGCCAUCUUUAUCAAUGUGGUUAUCCCAGGAGCACUGCCGAAGGUUGAGAUCUUCAUCAUUGUCUUCCACAUUGCCGGAUUCAUUGCCAUCCUGGCAACACUGUGGGCAACGGCACCACAUAACUCCGCCCACUUCGUCUUCACCACGUCGCUGAACGAAGGCGGCUGGCCCACGCAAGGACUCUCCUACUGCGUGGGAUUUCUCGGUAAUGUGGCAACAUUUGUCGGCGCCGAUGCCUCCGUGCACAUGGCUGAAGAAGUCGAGAAUUCUGCACUCAAUAUCCCCCGCGCCAUAAUUGCAAGCAUGUGCAUCAAUGGCCUCGUUGGGUUUGUCAUGAUGUUGACCGUCUUGUUCUGUCUUGGAGAUGUUGAUUCCGUGCUCGAGACCGCCACGGGAUAUCCGUUCAUUCAGAUUUUCUACAACAGCGUGAAUUCCAUCUCCGGCGCAACAGUCAUGGUCGCCGUCGUCCUGAUCCUGACCUGGGCCUGCGCCACCGGGAUAAUAACCACCGCGUCCCGAAUGACCUGGUCCUUCGCGCGCGACAAGGGCACGCCCUUCAGCAGCACGAUUGCCUACGUGUCGCGUGUCCGAAGGGUUCCCGUUGUGGGCGUCGCCGUAGUCACCACACUGGCCGCCUUGCUCACAUUGAUCUAUAUUGGCAGCACCACGGCAUUCAACGAUGUGAUUUCCCUGACGAUCACGGGAUUUUACUGCUCGUAUUUCCUGCCCGCGGCAUUUCUGCUGUGGCACCGAGUCAAAGGACACAUCGAGCCCCAUCGGAAGGAGACGCCCGGGUUGCCCAUCGACGACGACGCCGGCAUGGAAAGCAGCAACAGUAACUCCGACCCGGUCGUUGAGAAAAUCGCCACCCCGCCAGGCGUGGGCGCCGGCACCGAACUUUACGGAGAGAAGAAAAACCCGCUGCAUCCUGAAUCCGACCCUCCUCCUCCUCCACUACCGACCAGCAGCCCAGGGAACCUACCCACCUUUGAGAUCCAGAACCGUCGGCCCAGCCUGAUCGCCCAAGCUCCGCUGCAGUGGGGACCCUUCCACCUGCCGGGCCUCCUCGGCACGCUGAACAACGCCUACGCCUGCGUGUACAUGAUCUUUGUGAUUUUCUGGUCCGUAUGGCCGCCCGUCACGCCCGUGGACGCGACCACGAUGAAUUACUCCGUCGUCGUGACGAGUGGAGUCGUCAUCUUCAGUAUAGUAUGGUACUGGGUCCGGGGACGGGAGGAAUACCACGGCCCGACGAUCGACGACGAGGUCAAGGCUGUCAUGAGGCUGGGCAGCGUUGUUGCAGUGUAG